ACUAUCUCUUCCACGUUCUCCAGCAGCAGCUCAUGUGCAGAGACGAAAAUGGAAGAUGGAAGACAAUCUUGCUCGUCUAUGGCGAUGUCUCUUGUUUCUAGGUUGGAUCAUUUGGAUUUCAUGAUGAAGUAUCUGGAAAGAAAGCAAAGAAUACGGCCAAUAUGGAGAAGCAAUGAUAGUUUGCUUCUGGAACAAGCAGGACUGCAGAGGGAAUGCAUUCCAAUGGAUUUGGCAGUAAAGGAGGCUGGCUUUAAAGGGUUAUUGUCUGAUCGGGUGGCAUUUCUUGAACGUAGACUUUCUCAGCUAUGCCUAGAGAUGCAAUCUAGCAGCUCAUCAGGCUCCUCAUCACACGAUUCAACCCAAACACUUGCUGACACAUCAAGCCUAGGAUUCAAGGAGGAAACCCCUUGCUCACUCCCAACUGUCAACAUCAAUCCCAAUAUCCAUGCUCACAGACCUGUAUCCCAUGAUGCCAGUGUGAAUAGGCUCGAAAUUCAGCGAAAACCUCAUGGAGUGCCAGAAAAGUUGAAGAUUGCAAGUCCAUAUACGAAGCAGCACCUUGGGAAUAGUAGGCCCAAUAAGAAUAAGAAGAAAUGCCAAAGCCAGAAAAAGGGAAUUUCUGCAAAUUGGCCACUCUUAAAAAUACUAGGCUGCUAAUCGCGAUAUUUCUUUCUUUUUUUCCAUUAUUUGUCUAUGUUAAUUUAAUGAAAUCUUUGAGUUGUAAGACUCCUACCACUGAUUUUCUUCCAAUCAUUUGAGAAAUAAAAAUAAUAAUCAGAAAUUAAAAUAA